UUAGGCAUCUUCUCUUUGCUUCUUCAGGCAGGCACGCAUAUCUUCUAAUAUUAAAACAAUGACGACAGUAACCAUGCAUUCACACCAUUACCUCCAGUUCUUCCAACCAGCAAGCCUGAGCUCUUGCCACCAUGACAAGCAUUAACAACGGAGCAAGGUCUCCUCCUGUUGUGAAUGUCUACCAUGAGAAAUCCAUGAUCCUACCCGAUGUGUCAAGGGUGCUCGCAUGCCUGUAUGAAAAAGAUGUCAAGUUUGAGACAAUCAAAGCCUCCUAUAAGGACAUAUUCAGCCUCCAGGCGUCGAGGAGUGUUCCGGUUCCAUUCUAUGAUGGACCUGUAUUUCUGCAAGAUUCGAGAGCAAUCUGCCGCUAUAUAGCAGAAACCUACGAGCGUCAGGGGUAUCCUUUCCUCCUCGGAAAGGAUGUCCUCGAGAGGGCUUCCAUUGAACAAUGGCUCCGGCACGAGGAGCACGCCUUCGACCCUCCGAGCAGGGCGCUGUUCUGCCACCUCGCCUUCCCGUUGCACGACGAAGACGAUGAUGACAACAAGGACAUCGACCGGGAGAAGCGGAAGCUGGAGGAAGUCCUGGAAGUCUACGAGCAGAGGCUCAGCGAGACUGAGUUCCUCGCCGGGAACAAGUUCACUCUCGCCGACCUCGUUCACCUGCCGGGCACCUACCACGUCAUCACAUCCGAGAGGUUCGCCUACCUGUACGACUCGAGGAAGAACGUGCAGAGGUGGUGGGACAGGAUCUCUGCCAGGGACUCCUGGAAGCAGGUGCUUAAGGACAUGAAGACUGUUGAGGAGCAGCACAUAAAGGAGCAACUUGAGCAGCAGCAGAAGCAGCAAUGGCAGACAGAACAAUUGCCGCAGUUCGGUCGCGACAUUCGCAUAGACCCUCGGCAGCAGGAGGGCACAAAGCCACAGACAGUGCUAGUUGCACCACCUAGCACCGGUACCAUCUCAAACUCCAUUCCAUCAGCUCCGCAAAGACAUGAAACUGCCUCUGACCAGAAGCCUUCCCCACCUAUCCAAACAAAACAAGGUGGCUUCUUUACACCAGCCACCGGGAAUCCUCCAGCACCCUCAAGGCAGACAUAUUCUACCCCUCAGAAACCACCUAGCAGUGUCGAUAGCACAAAAAGUACCUUCUUUACACCAGCUGCCACCCCUUCCUCUGCCAAGACGCAUCAGAGAACCUAUGCCGAGAAGUCCAGCUACAAAGAUACCUCAUCUCCUAGCAAAACCAGCCAAAAAUCACCAAAAGAGUUUCCUGAUAAGCCCCAAGUUUCUGGUUUCUUCAGUGCUAGCAACCAGAAUAAUGGGGCAGGAUCUUUUGCCAAACCUAGUCCAAAACAAGCCAAGAUCCCUGGAGCUAAUCAAACCACUGGAGCAGCUGCUUAUGACAAGCCUAGUGCAGGAUCAGCCAAAGCUCCCCACAAAACUGAUGAUCCUGAUUCAAAGGCAGAUAAAGAUAGGGCUACAUCUCCAGCCCAGGAAGUACAAUCAGGUCCCCGGAAUGCCCAGAGGCAAGCUAAAGCAUUACCUUCUGAUCUGAAAGCACCUGACAAGUCACCAUUGCAAGUAGAAUCUAAAGAAGAUAUUAAGGGUGUCAGUAGUGAUGAUGAAAGAUUCAAGACCGAGAGGCUCAGGAGAAUGUUAGCUGCAAGUGAAGCCGCAGAAUCACAAUUACAGUUUGCGGAUUCUCAAGCACCUGCCACGCCCAAGAAGCCCUCGAAUGCUGUCUCCAAGAAAGCUACAGAGGUUGAUCAAAAUAGGGCUACAACAUCUCCAGCCCAGAAUGCCAAGAGGCAAGCUAAAGCACCACCUUCUGAUCAAAAAGUAUCUGACCUGUCACCUUUGCAAGUAGAAUCUAAAGAAGACAAGAAGGGCAACAUUAGUGAUGAAAGAUUCAAGACUGAAAGGCUACGGAGAAUGUUUAAUGAAAGUGAAGCAGCAGCACUCCAAUUGCAGCCUGCGGAUUCUGAAGCACCCACCAAAGAAGAAGCACCUGCCAUUCCCAAGAAGCCUUCAGAGGUGCAUGAGCAUGACAGAGAAAAUCAAACUGCAACGGCCCAAGAUAAUGCAAAAACCGGUGGUUCUCUGUCCACUGGCACAAGAGCUCUUCAUGCUCCAAGCUCUGCUGAUGAAAGGACAACCAUUUCACCACCAGGAGGGAUGGCUCCUGACGAUCGUGUUACUGAUGGCCCCAAAAGAUCAACAUACAUCAAUGAGCAAGAAACAAUAUCACCAGUGCCAAGGGAAUCACCAACAACCAGUGCUUGGAGUGCUCCCACAUCAUCAAUCCAACAAGCUCCUCCUGCUGUUCCCAGCACUGACAGGUUGGCUGGAACAGCAGGUAUUGACAUGAGAGCACCACGGCAAACCCCAUCUGGUGCUGGAAAUGCCUCAGCACUAGUGCAAGGAGCUGAUCGAGGUACUCAUGUUACAAGUGAUGAACACUCAGAAAAGAGUCCCACCAUGGGUGAAAAGGCGCCAGAAGUGACACCAAGGAAGACACCACCUUCUGAGAGUCGCACUACUUCAGCACCAAUCGAAGAAGCAACUCGUGAUGCCCGUGGGAAGCAAGCACCAGGUGACCGAGGAGAAAUCCUGGACGUUACAUACAGUGGUGAUGGUCGCACAACCAGAAGAUCUGUUGACAAAACGGAGGCAGAACCAACUUUAGGUUCUCAACAAACAAUACAAUCAAUCAAAGGAGUCGGCCCUACCUUACGUGGCAUCAGUGGUGAUGAGUCAGCCAAGGCAGCAAUGGCUGAUCCAAGUGCAGCAUCACCUGCACCAGUGCAAGCACCAGCUUCUGGUGGACAGAAUGCUUCUACAGUUCGGGGUGGAGGUACUCUUGAUGCUAAUGGCAAGAACAAGGCGGUCAUACCAUCUACUGCACCAGGAAGGCUAGCACCAACUCCUGACACACAAAGUCGUACCACACCAGGUCAAAUUUUAGACCAAUCUCCACCAGUGUCUUCCUUAUCUGAUACAAAGAAUGAGAAGACUGGUAUCGAUGGAACUAGUCAAACUACCACGGUAGCGCCCAAUGAGCAGCCGGGUGGGCGAGUUCCCAGGAAUGCUGGAGCAUCUUCUCCUGGGCCUUCACCAGCGAAGACUCUGGGAGAUAUUAAUGAAGCAUACAAGGAAGGAGCAUCUGUACAGCAGCUACCAAAAGAUCAAUCCAGGGCUCAGCUAGCUGAAAACAAGAAGAAGCAAGGUGAUGAUGCAGCACCAGUCGCUAAAACUGGCAAGGCCAAGGAGAAUGAUUUCCUGGCAAAAGUCGAAGACAAUAGCACUGGACAAGCUCAAGCAACACCAACUAAUGCACCAUCCAAGCUGCAGACACAAUCUGACCAGAACAGGCCUCAACAGUCAAAAGAUGGUGCCAUGGGAACCAACGAGACAGCUAAUUCUCCUAGCUUAGCAACAUCCAAAGAAGUACUAUCACCCCCUGAGAAGAGCAUGGGACAGCAGCAACUGCAAGGAGACAGGUCUGGUACAUCACUGCAAAGCAAUGUCAAACAGGGUUCUGAAGCUGCACUGCUGGAGUCUGGAACGCAGCAGCAAAGGAAGAAGGAUCUCCCCACAAAUGCAGACAAGAACAACGGUGAAACUCCAGUUGAGAGUAAGUCUGGAGAACAAACCUUCUCUGAUAAUCAGCAAGUGAAGAACAGCAAAACUAAUAGCAAAUCAGACAGAAGCAAACCCACCCAGUUUGAGGGCAAUGAAGGUAAUCUCCCCGAGUCAGAGAGGCGUGGCUUGUAGACCAACGUAUGAACUACUUUUACUGUGUAAUUUCCUUUCAGCUUCUUUGUUGUGAACUUGUGGUCUUGUCUACCUCAUCACCACUUCCACAUGCUGAUGUAAUAAGGUCUAUGGUCUUACCGCCUUAUGACCAAUCACGCCAAUAUCGUUUAUUUGGCAUGUUAUAUCGCUGUUCUUUCGUUGAACAAAGACUUGUUUAGAUGUCAAAGUCCUU